CGUUCGUGGUUUCCGUACAGUCGAAACAGAGAGAGCGAGAAAGAGACCGAGAGAGAGUGGUGAUUUCAUUUUGCUGCGAGAGUGUCGAAUCUGUCUGCAAGAUUCAGAUCGGUGGAGAGAAAGCGUUUUGUAUCGAAGGCAAAAGUCAUAACCGUGAUUCAACGUGAAUCCCACAUUGUCCGAAAAGUGAGAAAGUACAAUGUUGUGGUAUCCAGACGAAUAGAAGGAACACAAAAUUGAAGCUACAGCUGGAAGAUCUGACAAUAAUGUCGCCGAAUCCAGACAAAUUGAAGUAUCCUGAUGCUUCCAGAUUCCGGGAUGGGACAAACAGUGUUAGAAAGGGAUUCAAUUUAGGAUUACGGUUUUGCCCUGGAUACUUGCAUGUAUAAGAAAGGCCUCCAGCACUAUUCCAAUUCGAGAAGCCUCCACUAUGUGCACAAUGUGGUUUUCAUCUUUUACAGACUUUCUUUAGAGACAGAGAGAGACUCUUAAUAUUGUUGGAGAAGAGGCUUCCAACAUUGAAGAGAGGACAUCGGUUGAUAGCAGGUAAUUUUGGAUUGCUCAUGUAUCUGUUUUUUUUUGUUGUUGUUGUCUGAUACUUGGUUGUUGUUUUGAAAUGCUCCGGGGAAUUGCAAGUUUAGUCACUAUGUUGGAAGGAAGAAGAAUCGGCAAUGGGCUUCUUCGACCUGAGCGUACCCUACACCGACCUCUCGCUGCCGGACCGCUCAACCCGCGCAAAGCUCUUGACCAAGGCCCUCGAGCUCGGCUACUCCGGCGUCGCCUACAACCGUACGAUCAAGGGCGUCAUGUCCGAUCGCGACCGUUGCUCCAUCCCCCUCCUCACUCUCCCUUCUCUCCUCAAACACUCUCCUCACCUCACCUCCUCCGUCGGCUUCCACCGCGACCUCCUCGGCGUCCCACGUGCCACCCCUUUCCGCCAGUACACGCGCCUCACCGUUUGCGCCGAAACCCCUGCCCAGGCUCAGGCCCUCAAUUCCGGCAACCCCAUUUUGAAGACCUACGAUUUGGUGGCUGUCAAGCCCAUGAACCAGUCCGCUUUCGAUCAGGCCUGUGAGAAAUUGGAGGUAGAUAUAAUUGCGAUUGAUUUUUCGGAGAAGUUACCAUUUCGAUUGAAGCAGCCUCUGGUUAAAGCUGCCAUUGAGCGGAAGGUGUAUUUUGAGAUCACAUAUGCAGGGCUUAUUGCCGAUGUUCAAACUAGAAGGCAAAUUAUAACCAAUGCUAAGUUAUUGGUAGAUUGGACUCGAGGAAGGAAUAUAAUUAUCUCUAGUGCUGCCCCAACUGUGAAUGAAUUUAGAGGGCCAUAUGAUGUUGCAAACUUAAUGUCAUUGCUCGGUCUCUCCAUGGAACGAGCUAAGGCGGCUAUUUCAAGAAAUUGUAGGACUCUUAUAUCUAAUGCAGUGAGAAAAAAACACUAUUAUAAGGAAGCCAUUAGAGUUGAAGUACUACCAUCAGGUCAAGAAAGUGAUGGGAACAAACCUUCGUCUAGUGACUCUUUUAAUUGGGAUCCCAUCUCUAGUGGUGAAGGUGAUUUGCUUUUAGAUGAUUUGGCAAAGGCUUUCAGUAACUCCAGUACUAAAGCAACCAAAAUGGUCAAAGCCAUUGAUUUUGCUUUGUCAUCACUUGGAUUUCAAGUUAACGAUCUUAUAGCUGGAACUAAUGUGGUUGUGUCACAACCAUUGGCUACUCAGAAAAACAUCGUUUCUGCUCCCCAGUUAAAUGUGCAAUCAGUUGCAACUGAUGGAGUACAAGAACAAUCUGUUUUAUGUGAUACUAUGUUGGAGCGGCAAAGGUUCAAAAGCGAAAAUCCUCAGAAAUUAUAUUCAUCUAGUGAUACUACCAAAGCUGUUAACAAAGUUAUUCCAAUUGAAGAUCCUUCGAUAACCACAAGAGCAGAACCAAAUAGUCCAGAUGAAACAGAUGGGAUUGCUACAGAUAUUCAUGAUGUGCAAUCACAGAAGUCUGCGAUUGCAAAUGCUGUUAAUGAUGUUAUGGAAAUUGAAGUUCCUACAACCACUGGAGCAGAACCAACGAAAUCAGCUGAAUCAAUGGGGAUUACAAAAGAAAUUCAUGAUGUGCAAUCACUGAAGUCUGUGACUGCCAAAACUUUUAAAGAUGCUAUGGAAAUUGAAGCUCCUACGACCACUGGAGCGGAAACAAAGAAUCCGGAUGGAAUAGAUGGGGUUACUACAGAAAUUCUUAAUGUUCUAUCACAGAAGAGUAUGACUAAUUGUGAAUUGAAUGUUGUGCCAUCUCAGGUUAAUUUAACAUAUCAUGCACUAGACAUUGGGUUGAGUGUUGCUUGUAAUCCUGAUUCUGAAGUUCAGGUUCCCACUAAUUAUCAGGACACUGAUAUUCCCGGUCCUCAUAAUGAAGAGGCUGAUAGUAUUAAAAAUAAUGAUAUCCAAAGUGAUUUAGUGGAUGAAGUUCUAACAGGUAAAGAAAAAAAAUCUUUGCCUCUGGAUUCAGCAUUGGAUAAAAGUAUUUUGGAAGUGGAUGAAUUGACGGAACCUGGAGAUGAUGUAGUUGUACUUGCAAAUCAGGUUCCUGUUCUGGAUUCUAGUGAUGAGAUGACAGCAACUGAUGAUUAUUCAGUUGCAAAUCAUGAGACAGCAGAGGUAAUAAUGCAUGAGCAAGAACAUGGGAAAGCUGAUGUUGAAUUGAGCUAUCCAGCCUUGGUUCAGUCUGAAUCAGGGAAAUUCAAGGCAAAAAGGAAGAAACCUCAUCAGGUGACAUUUCUUCCGCUCAAGCGAUUGCUGCAUGCUACACCUUUUAAGAAGGCUCGGAAAAGUAAAAGGAGACAUAAGAUGGCAUAACUAUGCAAUGAUUUCCAAUAUUAAUAUUAUUGAUUGUCGAAGUAGGCGAGCAAAGUUUGUUUCAUAUUUAUCUUGAUUAUUUGGUAUCCAUUCACGUGUAAUGGAUGUAAAUUUGUCAUUGGCCCCAAGGGCCCUUACUGAUGGUCUAGUCUCAAAUUUUGAUCUUAAUGGCAAUUUUGUCCAUGAUUGUAUUCAAUCUUCUAUACAAUUCUAUUUACGUCAACUAUGAAAUGUCAGAUAUGCUUCUAUACCAUAA